AUGCUGGUCAUCACCCAAGCCUUCGCCGGCCAUCUUGGCGAUCUGGAGCUCGCCGCCGUCUCCAUUGCCACCAAUGUUAUCGUCGGCUUUGACAUCGGCCUCUUGUUGGGUAUGGCGAGUGCGUUAGAGACUUUAUGUGGCCAAGCAUAUGGAGCCAAAACUAUCGAAUGUUGGGAGUGUAUCUACAACGCUCAUGGAUCGUACUUUUCAUAUGUUGUAUACUCCUUCUCCCAUUAUACAUCUUCGCUUCACCGGUGCUGA